GAAGUUUGGGAUGGACCCGUGGGUGGAAAAUAACGAUAGCCAAAACGUCUUCCAAGUCUUGAUGGAGAGAGGUAAAUUCCAUGAUUUGAAAACUGUGAUCGACGCAAGCAUUAACAACGACAGAGAAUCUAUUCUUACAACUGACAGUAAGGGUAACAGCCUUUUACACAGUUUGUGUAAUCACAACGACUCUAGGGUGAUUCCAUUGAUCGAUGUUCUACUUAAACGCGGUGCUGUGGUGAAUGGACAGAAUAUGAAUGGUGACACCGCCCUUCAUAUUACCUGUAGGAGAAUAGUUAGUCUACCCCAGCGAAAGAGCGACAAUUGUGUGCUUCGAAAAGCUGUUUCCAAGCUUCUUGCUUAUGGAGCAGACUGUAACUUAACAGACAGAAGAAAGGUUACAGCAAAAAACAUUGCACGGCUGGACAAGAAGUUAUGGAAGGCCCUUGGUAGAGAUGUACGCCAACAAGAGCCACAACCUAUUUACCCAUGGAAGGAGCAAUCGCAAAACCAUCAUGGGCUGCUGUCUGCCGCUGCCAGGGGACAGAACUGCCAGAAAAUUUGGAACUACAGCUACAAUCUUCAGCCAAUUGGCUCGGGUUCAUUUAGUAACGUAUUCGCAGGGAUUAAUGUCGAGGACGGUCGAGAGGUCGCCCUGAAAAGAACUGACCCGUACCGAUUGAAAACUCGGCAAGACGAUAGAGAAGUAAGCAGUCUUCUCGAGCUGACAGAUUGUCCUCAUGUUGUGAGGUACAUCCAUUUUAAAAGAGAGGUUGAUUUCACUUGGAUCGUUUUAGAACUGAUGGAGGGUACGUUGGACGACCUUCUACUUCAGGGAAUCGCUCAAGAUGUAUUUCCAACGCUUUGCAUGGAUCUCCUGCAGGGAGUCGCGUAUCUCCACCGCCACAAAAUCUUGCACCGAGAUCUCAAGCCCAGCAAUGUCCUGUACUCAGGUGUACCCAAGCCAUGUCUCAAGAUUGCUGACUUUGGACUCAGCAAAAAGCUCGGCGCUGUCCAGGGAUCAAGUGUUCUCCACAGCAAUGCUGGCUCCAGAUUCUGGAUGGCCCCUGAGCUGCUGUUGUCAACGGGACACUUACAGCACACCUAUGCUUCCGAUGUGUUUGCUUGCGGUCUCAUAAUCCAUUACAUGCUGGCUGAGAGGCGUCACCCAUUUCAAGGAAGUACCUCUCAUGGCUGCCUUUCAAUUGCUGAUUGGAAUGCGGUUGAGGCUAACAUCUUAACCGGUAGCAAAACGCUGGGUCCAGAUCUUUCUGAUGAAGGUAAGGACGUACUGGCACGUUUACUAAGUCAUGACAGCAAGGACCGGCCAAAGGCAUCAGACGUUCUGAAGCGUCCUUUCUUUUGGUCCCAGGACAAAAAGGUUCGGUUCGUUCGUGCAGUGGCUAAUCAAAGUGAAAUUGGCACUUUUGGGGCAUGGGGAACUACGCCUUCUCCAGUAGAGUGGGAAAUCGAAACCAACUUGGCGUCUUUGUUCCAUCCUAGAUGGGAUUCCCUUUUUCCAGCCUUGUACGCCGAAAUGACAUUAAGCUCAAAAGGACGCCCCUAUAACACAUCAUCAGGUGUACAUCUUGUGAGAUUCAUCCGGAAUGCCUAUGCCCACGUUUCAGAUCGAUCCCGACCGACCAGUUUUCAGAAACUCCUUCUGGAAGAUCGGAUCUUCUUUAACAAAUUGCCGAGUCUUUUUAUGGUGAUCUUUAAGGCCGUGGAAAACGGUAACUGGCAAACAUCUCGAGAAGAGAUUAAAUCCGUCAUAAAUUCAGAUGACUAGAUUCUUUGUAGCGUCACGGAGAAGUUUGGUUUACAGAGACCGAGUUCAUUAAACAAUUAAACAGUUGUGUACAUUCAGUGAAGGGGAAUGCUCAGUAACAGUCUUCAUGUCCACUGCCACUAAACUUCUAUAACGGGAUUUUAAGAACUCUCUGAUCAAGCAACCCAGAAUUGAUUGAUGAUAUAAUGAUGGUGGUUGUUGCUAACGGUCUUCACGUCUUCUUGAAAGCCUGUAACAAUACUUGUGUGACGUGCGUUACGUUACAGCCUCAUCUUCAAACACGAGGGGAGGUACGAAGUUGAAUUUGUUGUAGUCGUCUCACGGAAUAUGGCAAAUAUCACCUCGACCUUGCUAUAUAGUGGCACUGUAAUGGAGGAAACGUCGAACAGUGACUUUUGCCCUAGUUGUUUUCCCUUCAGACCAUCAGGAACAGCGCCUUACGUUGAACAGUGUACUGCAGUGUGCUCGACCAAGUGUUUACUUUGAAUGUUCACUGACGCUGAAUCAGUUUAUCUGUCUGUGAAACUCCCCUUAUCCCUCAAUGUGCUGCUUGACCUUCUCAAGUUGUGAAGUAU